UGUGCGUCUAAUUUCGUGCAUGCGAUCAAUUGGGACUCACCCCGACCCAGGCGAGAGAGAGGGGAGAGAGAUGGCGGCGGUGAAGACCGCCGACGUUCUAACGGCCACGGCCGCAGCUGUUCUUUCGGCCGCCCUUCUCUCCUACCUCCUCCUCUCCGGCCACGGAUUCAAGCUCCCGUGGCUUAGAGAUCGUGGAAACUACCGUCGGCAUAAGAGUCGCGGGAAGAGGAACGGCCUUGUCGACGCCGUCGGCAACACGCCUCUAAUCAGAAUCAACAGCCUUUCUGAUGCCACUGGGUGUGAGAUUCUUGGGAAAGCCGAGUUCUUGAACCCUGGGGGGAGCGUGAAAGACCGGGUGGCGGUCAAAAUCAUUGAAGAAGCACUAGAUUCUGGGGGCCUCAUGCCAGGUGGUGUCGUGACCGAGGGAAGUGCUGGAAGUACCGCAAUUAGCCUAGCGACAAUUGCUCCUGCAUAUGGAUGUAAAUGUCAUGUUGUUAUUCCUGAUGAUGUUGCCAUUGAAAAGUCUCAAAUAAUUGAGGCUCUUGGAGCUACCGUGGAAAGAGUAAGGCCUGUCUCUAUUACACACAAAGACCACUAUGUUAAUGUCGCAAGGAGGAGGGCCUUAGAGGCUACAAAUAGAGCUGCAAUUCCAAUUGAAGCUGAUAAAAUUAAAGGCAUAGACUUGCUGCAAAUGAAUGGUCAUGCACCAAAGCAAACAGAAGGUCAUCCUUGCUCUGCUGAUAAUAAAGGUGGUUUCUUUGCUGAUCAGUUUGAAAACCUAGCAAACUUCAGGGCCCACUAUGAAUGGACUGGUCCUGAGAUAUGGGAGCAAACUCAAGGGAAAUUGCAUGCCUUUGUUGCUGCUGCCGGUACAGGUGGCACGAUUGCUGGAAUAUCACAGUUUCUCAAGGAAAAAAAUCCAAAUAUUAAGUGCUUCCUUAUUGAUCCCCCGGGGUCUGGUCUGUUCAAUAAGGUCACGAGAGGAGUAAUGUAUACGAAGGAGGAGGCAGAGGGCCGGCGCCUGAAGAACCCUUUUGAUACUAUAACGGAAGGAAUUGGAAUCAACAGAUUGACCAAGAAUUUCAUGAUGGCCGAGUUGGAUGGAGCUUACCGAGGCACCGAUAGAGAGGCUGUUGAAAUGUCCAGGUUUCUUCUGAAGAAGGAUGGACUAUUUCUCGGGAGUUCCUCAGCGAUGAACUGCGUUGGAGCUGUACGAUUGGCACGAUCCUUAGGUCCAGGACACACGAUCGUAACAAUUUUAUGUGACAGCGGGAUGAGGCAUCUGAGCAAGUUCUGUAAUGCUCAAUAUCUGGUCGAUCAUGGACUGACACCAACUGCGACCGGUCUGGAGUUUCUCGAUCGCUCUUGAAGUUGUAUAGCCUGGCGGCGUGCCAGAAUUCAUACACAUAUAUCGGCAUCCAUCUUGUGGAAAGGUAACUGCCUGAGCAAUUCAGGGAUUUCUUCUCGUUGCUACCAUCUGUGCUGAAUACAGAUGUGGCAUCUCAGGAGAUUUGCCACUGAAGCUCUCAUCAUGCUUAUCUUAAUGCAUUUUAUGAUGGAGCAAGAGAUCAUGCAUGAAGUCUCUUCAUAAAUGCGAGAGGUGUGUGUUCUUGCUUGAGAAGCUUUGCCAACAGGUAUUGUUGUUUAGAGUUAUUUAUGUGGAGUUCCUAUUGUUUGCUUACAUUUAUUCUAGGGAUCUGAGGAUCUUAGUUUUUUGUUCAUGGGACUUGGAUGAUUAAGAGUUUCCUUUCUUUUCUACUUCCUUUUUA